GAGUGAGCGGCGGAGGAACUGUGUAUAAUACAAAAAGUGAAUGAACAGGGCAGACAGACAGAGAGAGAGAGAGAGAGAGAGAGAGAGAGAGGGAGGGAGAGAGAGAGAGAGAGGGUGGUAAACUGAAGAUAUAAACAUAUGACAACCAUAAAAAAGGGACCACUGGAGGAAGUGCGAAAGCCGUCUAGCAGAAAACCCUCAUAGGAUCCCCCAGCAUUGGACUCCAUCGUCUCUACCUGUCUGCAUCCGGUGACGGCGCCUAGCGACCACGGCCAUGGGUGAAAUGGAGCAAUUGCGAAAGGAGGCGGACAGUCUGAAAGAUCAAAUCACUGCAGCCCGUAAGGCCGUGAAUGACACCACGCUGCAGGAGGCAGCGGUUGGGAUAGCAGUGGUCGGGCGAGUCCAGCUGAAGACCAGGAAGACACUGAGGGGCCACCUCGCCAAGAUCUAUGCCAUGCACUGGUCCACCGACUCCAAGUUGUGCGUCAGUGCUUCGCAGGAUGGCAAACUUAUAGUCUGGGACAGCCUCACAACCAAUAAGGUGAACGCCAUCCCUCUGAAGUCGUCGUGGGUGAUGACUUGCGCCUACGCACCCUCGGGGAACAUGGUGGCUUGCGGGGGCCUGGACAACAUGUGCUCCAUCUACAAUCUCAAGGGCAAAGAUGGCAACGUCAAGGUCAUGCGUGAGCUAGCCGCACACACAGGUUACCUGUCCUGCUGUCGUUUCCUUAGUGACAGUGAGAUCAUCACCAGCUCAGGUGACUGCACUUGUGUGCUGUGGGACAUCGAGACAGGGACACAAAAGACCGUCUUCGCAGGCCACCUGGGAGACUGUAUGUCCCUGGCUGUGUCUCCAGACUUCAAGAUGUUCAUCUCGGGGGCCUGUGAUUUCACGGCCAAACUGUGGGACAUUCGGGAGGCCACAUGCAGACAGACUUUCGGAGGCCACGAGAGUGACAUCAACGCGAUUGGGUUCUUCCCCAAUGGUAAUGCGGUGAUAACGGGAUCUGAUGAUGCCACCUGUAAGCUGUACGACCUGCGGGCUGACCAGGAGCUCAUCACCUACCAGGACUCCAGCAUCAUGUGUGGGGUGACCUCGCUGGCCCCCUCCUUGUCUGGACGCCUGAUAAUGGCCGGCUAUGACGAUUUCAGCGUCAACAUCUGGGACACGCUGAAGUCUGAGAGAGUGGGAGUUUUGGCCGGUCACGACAACAGGGUGAGCUGCAUCGGCGUGUCUACCGACGGGAUGGCGUGCUGCACGGGGUCUUGGGACAGCUUCCUGAAGAUAUGGAAUUGA